AAACCGAGUUAUGGUUUAUGAGUUAUUGUAAUCAAGUUUUUUGAGUUAUAUUUUCUUGGUUAUAAUAAAAGUUCAUUGGAGAGUUAUUCCAUUCGUUCUUGUUCUUGUGUUUGAUUAUUCGAUUGGGACUUGAAUAUGAAUAAAUAAAUAAACGCAAAUAUUAUAAAUAGAGGUGAUUGUGAACAUACUAACUCAAUUUGGGAUUUUAGAAAUCAUGUAUCGUUUGAAGCAUAAUAUUAGUUCUACUUUAGGAUUAAUUAUCUUAUAUAUACACAUUACUGAUACUCGUAGCUCUGUUAUAAAUGAUCUUGCUUUGGGUUUUACUCGUCUCCCUUUCAACAAGUCAUAUUAUAUCAAUCAUAAACCUUAUAAUCUUCCUCUUGAGGAGAGAUAUAGCUUCAUCAAUGGUGUUCACAAACUAUGGGUUUUUUCUACCGAUGAACCAUUAUCUCGCUGCAGUCCCACCCUCCCUCGCUCUGAGUUAUUCAUCAAUGGUUACAUAUACUUUACGGGUGUUUGGCAGUUUGAAGCACAUGUGUUUGUCCCAAACGGGACGACUGGUGUGAGCCUAAUGCAAGUGUUUGGGGGAUAUCCGCAUGUUACAAAUACAACGCUAAUGGUUCGAGUGUACGAUGGAAAUCUUUACUACUAUAAAUACGAGGUUAUUUCUAGCGACAUGUAUGAUAAAUGGUUCCGUUUGAAUGUUAUCCGUGACGUCGAAGGAGACACAGUUAAUGUCUACAUAAAUGGAGUUCUCAAGUUUGAAGGGCAAGGCCGAGGUGGAGCCAUGCAUUAUUUCAAAUGUGGAGUCUAUGCUCAAGACCAAGAUUCUUAUUAUAUGGAAUCUCGGUGGAAACACAUCAAUAUAUAUAAGAAAUCCAAAUAA